GUUCUCGGUCGUGUCCGGUGCCUCUUCGCGACGAGCUUCGAUCGCCGCCGCUGUUCAGGUGGCGCUGUGGUGGUUGUUAACGGCGGCGGCCGCGUGCCCGUGUGCCCGCGUGGUCGUCAGGUGCUCAGUGACCGCCUGUGCUCUGUGGUGAAUCGAUGGCCGGUCCCCCGUGAGCCCGAUGACGACGGGCCUCGUGGCUGCGUUCCCGCCGGUGCCCAUGGCCCCGCUCGGGAGCCUGGCCGGCGGCCGGCCGCUGCCCUGGCUCCAGCUCGAGACCACCUCUUACUGCGUCGGCGUCGAAGAGUUCGUCGCUCAUGGCUCGACAGUCAAAUGCCUCGCUAUUGGCCGCAAAUCUGGCCGUGUCAUGGUCACCGGCGGCGAAGACAACAAGGUCAACUUGUGGGCCAUUGGCAAGACCAACUGCAUCAUGAGCUUGACUGGACACACGACGGCGGUGGAAUGCGUCAAGUUCUGUCCAGCCGAGGAGAUGGUGUGCGCGGGCUCCACAUCGGGAACAGUCAAGAUCUGGAACUUGGAAGCUGCCAAAAUGGUCCGGACACUCACAGGUCACAAGGGAAAUGUGCGAUGCAUGGAUUUUCACCCUCACGCAGAAUUUUUGGCAUCAGGGUCAAUGGACACUACUAUAAAGCUUUGGGAUACAAGAAAAAAGGGAUGUAUAUACACUUACAAGGGUCACAACAAAUGUGUGAAUAGCCUCAAGUUCAGUCCUGAUGGGCGAUGGAUUGCAUCAGGGAGUGAGGAUGGCAGCGUUAAGCUUUGGGACCUGCCUGCAGGCAAGAUGCUGUCAGAGUUUCGGGACCAUUGUGGGCCUGUAAAUGAUGUCGACUUCCACCCUAAUGAGUUUCUCCUGGCAAGUGGCAGCUCAGACAGCACAGUCAAGUUCUGGGACCUGGAGAACUUCAAUCUUGUCUCUUCUACUGAGGGUGACUCUGGUGUUGUCAGGUGUGUCUUCUUCAACCCCGAUGGUGCCUGCCUUUUUAGUGGUGCGGAAGACUUCCUGAAGGUUUACUGCUGGGAGCCUGUAAAAACAUGUGACACUCUGGUCAUGGGAUGGAAUAGAGUGGCUGACAUUUCUGUCGCUCAAAACCAGCUUAUUGCUGGAGCAUUUUCCUUAACAAAUGUUGCUGUAUAUGUGAUAGACCUCAAUAGGGUUCAACCAUUUGGAGGGAUGCCAAAUAACUCUACCGUGCCUCAGUACAUUACCCCCAGCCCUUUCAAAGCAGGGUCUCAUAUCCGGAGAAGCUUCUCUAAAGAUAAGAAGGAUGCAGCUGACUUUCAAGUGAUGCAUAUGAAGCCUUUGGAUGAUGGUGAUACUUUUCCAUUGGAGACAGAAGGUGAAGCUGACAUCAAAGAUUUCAGGGACUACAACAAAAUAUUCCACCCAUCACAGGAAUCAUCUCUGGAGACAUUGGUCGAGAAUGGAAUGUCACGCACUCCACCCAAGGACAAUCCCUUCCCUGCGCCCCCUGAGGACACGUACAGGCCAGCCCUGGAGCCACAGAGCAGCAAGGUGGUGCGAUUAAGUGGUGCCUCAAAUCCGUGUGUACUCACGGAAAGACCUGGAGCCACAGUGAAAGAGACACGGCAGCUGAGCGUCACCACCAGCUACUCGGCUAUGGGUACAACCUUCACGAUACGACCCAGGGGCUCAUUGGUGGGCUCAGGGGCCCUGCUGGCACCAGACCCACCAACACCUAGCAUAAUGGCAGCCAUACCAGGCUACAGCUCUGUUGGAGUGGUGCCCAGCAACAUACCUGUGCCAGCAAGUGUUCUUCCCAGCAAAGUAACCAGUCGCGCCAUGCCCACGGGUCCAAUCUCUGCCAUUGCAACCAGCUUAGGGAAGCCUAUUGAGAAAGCCACUGCCAUGGUGCGCACGUCAUCAUCACAAGUAGUGGAAAGCAGCUCAACAGUUUCGAUAGUUCGCCCUGUCAUGAGUGUGCUGCCUGACAGCAAAGAAGCCCUGGCACCACCUCAAAAAGCAGUUGUUCACCCUGAACAGAAGCAGCCAGUGGACUUUGUGCCUUCACAGAGGGACACUCCAGCAGGCCUGGACCUUGAUGAGUUUCUUCCGCGGCAUUUGCAAGCAAGUUUACGCCUGGGCAGUGCUGGUAUCCCGGACAUGUCGGAGGCCGAAGCGUUAAGCACAAUUGCUGAGCAGCACAAGACUCUCCUGGCAGUGCUACACCAUCGUCUAAAGAAUAUAAAAAUUGUUUUGGCGCAGUGGAGCACAAAGGAUCCCAAGAUGGCACUUGAUACAGCAAUAAAUAUGAAACGACCCAGUCUACUUGUAGACGUUCUCAAUAUUGUAGUUUUAAGGCCGCAAAUAUGGACCUUAGAUAUGUGCCAGACAAUACUGCCUGCUAUUUUUGAUCUACUUCAAAGUAAAUAUGAGUCGUACAUGUCAACCGGUUGUGCCUGUCUCCGCAUCCUGCUCAAGAACUUCGCCUCCGUCAUCAAGACGAACAUAACAGCACCGCCUGGUGUAGGGGUGGACAUCUCCAGGGAAGAAAGGUACAACAAGUGCAUGAGCUGCUACAACCAGCUGCUCUCCAUCCGGUCGUUUCUGCUCAAGCGCCAGACGAUGCAAGGAAAGCUUGGUCACCUCUUCCGCGAGAUGCACAUCCUCAUGCAGGGCCUCGAGUGAACUCGCCGGCGGGUCCGUCAACACUCAAGCAAUCCACCACCGACAGUGCCAUUGUGUGAAUACUUCACCACUCAUAGGCGGGCUACCGCCUACACUACUGCUUUGGAACUGUGGGUAGCCCCCCUUUCUCGCUGCGUAUCUGCCUCGCCAACGAGAGAGCCAGCGAAGGCUGAGCCGAGCGUGGCAAAGCGCGCUUGCGCUCGGCGACGCUGGCUUCGAUCCGUGCUCGUGCUCCGUCUGCCUGGCGAAGUGAGCGCGAGUGCGAGAGUUGAUGAGAAGGGCUGUCGAUGGCGUGUGGCCACCGCCGAGGCCAAGAUGCGCCUGGCCAACACCUGCGGGCCGACACGGCCGCAUUCCCUUCGGCCGCGCGCGCAUCUCACAGCGGUGCCUUUCUGAGGGCGGCUUGACAGGAACAUCGCUCUGUGAUAUAGAAGCCAUGUUGUUGCAAGGUGUUUGUGUAUGCCGUUUUACGAUACUUUUAGCGAUUCUAGCAUGGGCUUUUUGCCGUUAUUUACUUUGCAUGAUUUCGUAUGGGUGAUGCGAAAUCACUCCGCGUAGUAGCCGAACGCAUUCUUUGUCAUCGGGAUUUUUUUUUUUUUUUUGCAGUCGCUGUUAUAAACACUGGUAAUAUUAAACUAUUUAUGCUAUCUGCGUUUGUGUUUGGCCAAGCACACAAGGUGAGCUGACUUUCUCUCGUAACACUAGGCUGGGUUCGAUCAGAAAAGGGCCCAGAAUCAAAUCGUAACUCACCCUCCAGAAUUGUCAGCCACUCAGACGGCUUUCCCUCGUGUUGACGAAAAUUCUUACACCGACGCCGAAUCCGUGUGUGAAGCGUAUGGCUCUUGUCCGUUCACACGUUGUGGGCACAUUUUGUUGGACCGCUAUUCCUUCGCGAUUAUGUCCACCGUUUCGCCCUUCAACUUUCCUAUGCGAAAAUGAGUCGGGAUGAUGUCUUGGCUAUCAUCUUGCCUUACUUAGGUGGCACUAAAUCAACAAAAUACUAAAUUGUAAAUUAAUAAUACUGUGGAUCACGCAGCAACAUUCGCGUGACUUGGGCGUGUGUCGUCGCUGCUCUCAGCUCGCCAUUCAUGUUACGAGUUGUGCGUAGACCUGUUGUGUAUCUGCUUAUAAGCCCGCAUUGUUUGAUUGUGCGAGGUUCAGGGUUGCAGUGGUUGUUGCUUGUAUUUUUAUGUGUGGUCUGAUUAAGCAGGAUGGAAUGCAGUGUGAUAUGAGUAUUCAGGGUUUCAGAUAGGUGCGUCCUUCAAUUCUGGUAGCAUGCGUAAAUACGAUAGUGUCGGAACUGAAACAUUCAGAUGCUAUUAACAUGUUGUCUCUGCCAUAGUUAUUACUGGGCAGCUGGGAAGGCAAUAGACGUGGCGCUUAGCUUUUUCUGCUCGCCCGAACUUUUGCAUAGCUGAAUUAAGCUGCAUUUCUGGUGCGCACAUAGGGAAUCGAACCUAGCUGCGCUGAAAGCACGUACUGUUCGGAUGACACUGGGGAUUCGUAGAAGUGCCUUGCCAUACCUCUUUUUCUUUUCUGUUUUUUCGCGUCCUUUUCCGAGGACUGCAGCUUUGCGAUAGGCUUACUUGACUAUUCAAGUUAUGGAAAAAUUUAGCGCGGAAUCAUGGUGACGAUUGAACCCGCUUACCAGUAAUCACAUACAGCCGAAUACCGGAGGGACAGUAGUUUUCAUUGGUGAGGUGCUUGGGAAAGUAGAAAAAAAAAGAAAGAAAAAAAGAAACGUUUAGUGGCCUAACAUCUUGAAAAAAAUGCUGCCUUUCUUUAAAAGCACGUGAUGCGGUCAGGGGCUGUGGAAGAGACGGUGGAAACAGCUCCACUGGGUCGGGCUGUAUUGGGCAUUCUUGCCAAACGCGUCGCUGAAUAAAGUGUAGGCGCCUGCAGUUGACCUGCUGCAAGAAAGGAAAGGAAAUAGCAUUUGUGCGCGAUAUCCGCUGUUUAAACCUAGAAUUUUUUUUAAUGAUUAUCAAAAGGAAAAUAAAACUUGCCAAGAAAUUGCUGCUGUACACCAUCUCCGAAAUCUACGCGAGGACACUCCGUUCACUGAAGCUGAAAAAUGACCUAAAAUUAAAUUAUGGGGUUUUACUUGCCAAAACCACGAUUUGAUUAUGAGGCACGCCGUAGUGGGGUACUCCGAAAUAAUUUGGACCACCUGGGGUUGUUUAAAGUGCACCUAAAUCUAAGUCACGGGUGUUUUCGCAUUUCGCCCCCAUCGAAAUGCGGCCGCCGUGGCCGGGAUUCGAUCCCGCGACUUCGUGCUUAGCAGCCCAACACCAUAGCCACAAAGCAACCACGGCGGGGUGAUUAUGACCUACGAAACGUACACAGUAAACGCCAUACAAUGUAGACUUAAUGUUUCGCUUAUAUACAAAACAACGAAAACAGCAUUUCCAUACAGUUUUCGCGGCCUAGAUAUUGAAUUUCGUCGAAAAGUUGCUAAGCGCGCGUCAGGUUAUGCCUGUGGGCAUGAAAAAGCGAGCAAAUUGAAAUCUUCUUCAAGCUAAGUAUUUUUUUUUCCUUUAAAAGUUCUAUGGCGGCAGCUCGUCACAGAACCUGCAUGAAGCUCGUAAUUAAAUGGUUAUUUUCGCAAUUCAUAGACGAAAAUAUCAGGCUGUUUAUUCACGAUUUAUUAACCUACUGUGAUGUUUUGAUCGAGAAAUACAUUCGGUUAGCAACAUAUGUUUGUACGGGCUAUACUCUUUCAUAGCACCAUUAGUGGUGUAGAAUAGGUAAGAAAAUAAAAAUACCAGCAGUGUUUACGAUGAAGAUAGCUGGGGGCCGGUUACCAAGCGCUUAUAACAGCAGCAAUCUCGGAAGAGAGGAAGGUUUCCUUUCGGCUUGCGUCAAACUCGGCCUAUGGGAGCAAAAAUUAACAUAAAACCAAGAUCUAUAAAUGAUCCGGCCUAGCUAUUGGAAGCUCAAUCAAGAAUGACGUCAUCAAACUUUAAUGAAACUUGUACUAGCUGGAGCUGUGAAAAUAUACAUUCAAUUUCUUUAAGCAGGGUGUCAAGUUUUUCCGGGUUCUGGUAUUUUUUUUUUUUUUUUCACGUUUUCUGCAAUUCAAUUUUUUCAUGGUCACAAAAUACACCCGUAACUGCAUGGUGUAUCAUAUAUGGUAUAUAGGCGACAAUUUUGGCUCGUAAAAUCGCAAGCAGGUUUUUCUUUAGGGGAGGAUUUAGGCACAUCUUGCUUUAAAAAAAAUCGUGUAAUUUUUCACGUGAAACUAAUUUAUGCAGUAAGGGGUUAAUAUGCUAAAGUGUUCACCACCAGGGCACGUCACCAGGGCAGCUGCUAUAAUUCGCAUCACAUGCGACCUUUUCGUUGGUGCUGUAUCGAGGCACUUAUAAUGGCGUGCUAGAAUGCACCACUGUGCAAAUGGCAGCUCAAUAGCGAAUAGCGGGGCGCAUUAAAGUGCAAAGGGCCGCAUGUUUCUUCGUGAAGAGGUUGAGCGGAGCCAAGUAUCCAGCCUAUUUUAGGAUAUAGGCGUCGGAACCACUGGAUGGCGUCUUUUAUGCUGACCACACAUAGACAGUGAGCGCCGCUUUACGAACGAUACGAAGCACGGUAUCGGUCGCCACAGCGGAACUCGCAAAAGCUGCUCCGUUGCAGAUGUUAGACUUUCGGCAUGGUCGAAAAACCGCCUUCCUGACCGAUCCGCAUUGUGCGGAUGGUGUCAUGAAGAGGUGCCUACUCCGGAUAAAGAAUCUGCAGCACCCUCGCCGACAUUUUGGGGGUCCUGGGCGAGAUGCUUGUGCUGUCGGUGUAGGCAAGCUCAUGUCUGCGCGUGCGCUCCCAGCGCGUUCCUUACUCCGUUUUAUGUUCAGUGCGAUCAACUGUUAAAGGGAACACACGAGUGUAGAGCACUUGCGAAAUUUAGCCCGCCGUGGAGUGUACAAUGAAGCAGACGACUUUUGGUUGGUGGCAGUGUCAUCGCGACGCGUUCUUUUCUGCCUCGACAGAAAGCGGAUGCGACGCUUGCGCGGCCGCCAAAGCGACGCCCGCGCGCCGUGGUCGCGCUUCAAAUCGCGUGACACAUUGCUUCAUGCGGUUCCUGCAGCUUUAGAGUGCCAGCAAAGUUAGAGCUGCACAUUAGUGUUCUCGUUAACAUUGGAUCGCACUGUACACUACCAUCUUUCUGCAAGGGACACGCGCGCACGUUAGGUUUUUUAUGCCUCAAGAUCUUCAUUUGAAGCAUUACAGCGCGAACUGGGCUCAUUUUCAUUCAUAUUUGCAUGCUAAAGUAGCAUGGUUAUUACAGCUGAAGAAACCGGAGCCCUACAUUGCAAAUUUCCAAAGGAUGUUUCUUGUUUAUAACUGCCCCGAUGCGUGGAAAAACUCGGCGAGUGAUCGGCACGCAGUGCAGCAUUCCUGGGCAGAGCACUCGUGCUCCUUACUGUAUAGUGUUUCAUACAAAUAUUAUUAGAAUAGGGGUUACCGUUUUGGACACUGUCGAGUUCCGCCGUGCUGUCAAAGUUCAUUUGAACCGAAGAGAAGGUAUCGCACCACCUGCUGAGCCGAUCGCAGCAGACGAGUUGGCGUAUUAGUCGGCCAUUAAUUGUCCAGAGUAGCACCCCCGGCGCUAGUGUCUUUCUUUAUUCGAAUGCACAUGUGUAUUCUUUCGCUAGCUUUCUUGAAACCUAUUUGUUACUACAAUUACGUUAUCUUUCAUAGUGACGACCUUCACUUAACCAUCGAAUACUACUGCGUGUGAGAUUUUUCGUAGGAAAAAUUGGAAUAAUGAAUACAAUUUGGCUAUAGUUAGUGCGACCAUACAAAUAUUACCUUGAUUGAGCGGCAUAAAUCGGCUGCACAAUCGCCAUUCGUUUAGUACGCUCAUAAUUGCAUAAUAAGCUGGCUUCUAAAUGUUAAGAAUGUAUUGUCUAUGACAAACGUUGCAAUGCAGGUAUAGAACGCUAGUAAAACUACGACGGGACGGAAUCUCUCGCGAGGCGUUUCCGUGACGAAGUCCAAGGCUUCGUUCCCCCGAAGAUCCGUAUACUGCUCAUGAGCCCUGUGGUGGUUGAACAAUUGCAGCACCAAAGUGCUAUUCGGUAUUCUUUAAUGUGACACCUUCAUGUUGCACGCAUGUCGUGCGUCGUUGCCGUCCAAGUUCUCCAUGAUUUGUUAUUAGCCAUGCACCUGUUGCGAACGGUCUCUACCGAUGCCGUUGCAACCGCUCGUACAUACCUCUAAUAACGCAGGCUGUUGUAGUGAAAGUUCCGUUCUGUGGUGUAUGCGGUCUCGCUUGUGUUUUGUUUUCGGCGUGCCAAGCGUUCAACCUCGAUGCUAAGAUCGUGUAGUGUAAAGUUGGUGUUCCUUACCACGUCUCUAAGCAUAUUUAGCAUUUUGAUGGGCUCAUGUUCUGUUGCGCAGCUCCUUUGUGUGUCUUUUCGUUCAAGAGAACUUAAUUUGACCAUUAUCUGACUGCUCGGUAUCGCUGACCGUGUUCUCUAACCCACAUGCGUGGGGCUGUUUCUUCGUUUCGUGAAACUAGUCUUGUACUCUUUCGAUCUUUCAUGCUGACCCCAUUAUGAUUACUGUAAGAUUUACAAUAGCGCGACGGUACGUUCGUGUUAGGUGGCCUUUGAAUAGACGCAGUCUUCGAGAAAACAAUGUUUCGUGGUUUGUUGGUGCAAGAAACGUUAUUGCAUGCUCAGUAUAUUCAUACUGUUAAUGAGUAUAGUUAGAUCGACCCCUGUCUUCUGAAAGGAACAUAAUGCGCUUUAAUGCGAACGCAAGCUCUGAACUGAUGUAAGAAAGUUUCGUGUAUGUUUUAAAUAGGUUGUGCAUAACUGUUCUGCAGAAUUCAGAUUUCGGCAGUGAUAUUCGAAUGUGUCAGUGCAAGCAGCCGUCGCAGAUACAGCAAAUAUUUCUAUAAUUACGGCGCUUUCAAGCGUCUGUCACGCAUCGCGAUCACUCGAGAUUAAAAAUGCUUGAGCAUUUCCUUUUGAUCGUUAUUUUCGGAGAUUCUAAGGAAGUGCAAGUCAUUAAAAAAAGUAAUUCUAACUGAAGUCAGCCUUUGGACUACUGCUUGAUUGCAGCAACUAAGCGUUACGAAGGCCUGGACACCGGAGUGGUGGUCGUGAGCUAUUUGUGGCAUCCUCCAACUGAAUAAAGUAUCCUUCGGAGGCAAAUGGUUACCUUAAGUUUAUAUAUCGGCUUUCAAGGGGCUGCUCAUUAUUCACUAAGCCGUUGUAUAUGCGAUAGCCGUGAUUUGCGCGUGCUUUUUUUUUUCUCUUUUUUUUUUCUUCUUUUCACUUGCGCAACCUCUGGCUCGGCCGCUAGCAUCAUUGGGGCUCCGCUGUGGGAUAGAAACGCGAACGUGUGUUCAAUCUUGUCAUGAGUGUGUGGAAGCAAAUACUGAGCUGUAAUAUUGCUUUUUCUCUUUUUAGUUGUAAGUGCGAGAGUGCGUGAUUAAGUUAACGUGUGUUGUGGGGAUGCAGUGCUUGCAGACUGACAAAUCGCGAUGUCUCUUACACCAUACUGAGCUAUCCGAAACGCCAUUUGGUUAUGCCGCGCUAGGCCGAACUACACCGUACUGUCGGUACACAUGCGUUUCGUAAUACCACGUGAAGGCGCGGAAGCUUGGGCCACGAUGUAUAAAAAAUGUGUACAGAGCGUGUGUAGCCACAUUGACACUCAGUACAUUUCCAGAGCAGCGCGCCGCGCCACUAAGGUAAAUGAACGUUUGAAACAACGACAUGAUGGGAAAGCGUGGCAAAUGCGCGUCCGCUCGACUUCUGCGCAAUCCAUGUCGUUUUCAUUUUGUACAGUUGUCGCUUUUGGGACCAUGCACCACCUUGCUUGAUUCAACACGUUCCACCCGCACUGUAUCGUAGCAGUGGGCAAAAGCGCUCGACAGCGUUGCGUCCGGUGUUGAUUUUCUUUACCUGGUACAUCUCGUACGCACUGGAAACGGAGGUUGGGCGCCCGACGUGUGUGUUCACUUCGGCAGCACUACAAUUUCCUGCGUUGUGCGGAGCUUCCGGCGCUUUUGCGAACCAGAAGAUUUCGCUCAGCGUGUCUCUUUCUAGGGCGUUUUACUUGUUGUCUUUAUCGUUUUUCGCUACCUUUCAAACGCACUGUGUAAAUGUGACCGCAUGACAUUUUUCUUCGCGGCCACGUGUAACACAGAUGAACUGCCAUUUUGGUUGAUUCCAUUGCUAAGGACACAGUAUGGCUUGUGUAGCAUUUUAUGGACCAUUGCUGUAUAAUUCUAUUCUACGCCGUUUCAGCUUUCUUUGGCGUGAUGUAUAAACGUUUUGGUAGUGUAUGAGUUGGCGAGGAGUGAUUGUUUAUGUUUGUGCGGAGUUUUGUCGAUGAAAGAGGCAACCAGUGUUGUAUAGCUUUUGAAAAGAGAUUUACUCUGUUUUUCUGGCUUGUUAAAAUAUCGUCUUACAAGCUGCUGGAACACCUCUUGUUACCGAGGUAAUUCUUUGUCUUUGUUGUUCAGCCAGUUAUCGAGUCUGCUUGACCACUGCCUUAGGCAUCAUAAGUUAGAAGGAGGGUUCGUUCCAGCCUAUAUUUCGCUAUGGUGGAAAGUGUCUCAGGCAUGAUUUUUGUUAGAAGGUGGAUACCUGAAUGGUUGCUUUGUCACCGCGGGUCAACUCACUCCUCGUCCUGUCCGCCUUUGAGCGAGCGAGCUCUAGCACUGUGUGGUGCAGGGAUAUCUGUGGUUUUGCAUUUGUUCAAAAAAGAGUGUUUGCGUAGAAUGUGCGUUUGUAUGCCGCCUUGUGUGACCUCUGUGAGGUCGUUAUGGACGUUAGCACAGCGCUAUCAUUUACUGAUUCGUAGGGCCAACUUAGUCGCUACUGGCUGUUCACCAGAAACACAUAAUUUAACCAUUUCACUUUUAGUGAAACGUUGUGCUUGCUGCUGGAGCACUUCGGGUCACCCUAAUGACGAUCAUAACCAUUCCUUUGUAAACUCACCCAGUGUUUAUUGCUUUUCAUUCUGUCUGCCUGACACUGUGCACGGUAGAUGUCGCCUGUUUUUAAUCUGGCGAUGGUGCCUUUUCAUUGUGAAAGAAAGGUAAAAAAAUAAUAAAUGCGUCGUGACAACAAA